AUGGUUUCUGGUUUUGCUUUUCAGGGAAAUAAUAAAUCCACCUACAUCUGUGCAAACCACAAUGGAAAAGUUCGAUUCUUCAGUGCUCUCCUCAAGAGUGAUGGCACGCUGGUAAAGAAGGAGCUGAAUGUGAACUCUGUGAAGGGCAGUGUCAAUGGAGACAAAAUUCAGUGCUCCUUUAUGGCCACUGUACCAACUUCAGAUAUUAGAGCAUCAGCAACAUCUUUGUCAAUGGGAGUCUCCACUGGAACUUACAACAGCACUAAUGGUGAUUUGGGCCCAGCCAAUUCCCAAUUGAAGACCAGUGUGGUGGACCUGUCGAAUCCUAACGCCACUGUCACUUAUACAAAUUCCACCGGUGCAUUGGCAAAUGCCACCAGUGCACCCACAUCACUUACCUCCACCAGUGCACCCACAUCACUUACCUCCACCAGUGCAAUGACAAAUGCCACCACAGCUCCCCCACUGACAUUUAACGACACAGUGACAACUCUAAAUGCAACAAUUUCCAACGUAGAGUGUCGGAAAACACAACUAUGUGCAGCUAAGCCCGAUGGGUGCGACCCCUCCACGUCAGGUUCCUGUUUCUUUCUUUCUACCCAGAAGCAGAGUGAUCUGAACUAUAAUUUUUGGCUCUCAGGAAACUCACAAGGCUACAUCGCUGCCACCUUGUCACCUAACGCCUCACCGGGAAAUAACGAUUCCACCUACAUCUGUGCAAACCACAACGGAAAAGUUCGAUUCUUCAGCGGUCUGCUCCAGAAUAAUGGCACACUGAUGAAGAAGCCGCUGAAUGUCAACUCUGUGAAGGGCAGUGUCAAUGGAGACAAAAUUCAGUGCUCCUUUAUGGCCACUGUACCAACUGCAGAUAUUAGAGCAUCAGCAACAUCUUUGUCAAUGGGAGUCUCCAAUGGAACUUACAACAGCACUACUGGUGAUUUGGGACCAGCCAUUUCCCAAAUGAGGACCGAUGUGGUGGACCUGUCAAAUCCUAACGCCACUGUCACCUAUUCAAAUUCCACCGACGCCAGCACCACCGCCAGCACCACCGCCUCCUCCACUGCUGCUCAUCAGCCACCAGCAAUCUCCACCAGUGCACCGAUAUCAGCUGACUCCACCAUUGCACCGGUAUCACCUAUCUCCACAAGUGCACCGGUAUCAGCUAACUCCGCCAGUACACCUGUAUCAGCUAACUCCGUCAGUACACCUGUAUCAGCUAACUCCACCAGUGCAUUCUCCCAUUCUCCCCUGUAG